AUGACUUCGCAGCUCAACGUUGGCUCCCUUCUUGACGCGGGCCGCAGUGUGCCUCUCAUCGGCGGCCAGAAUGUCAUCCAGGAGUUGCGGGGCGAGGAGGAGGAAAAUGAGAACUUGUGCCCCUCCCUCAGCUUCGAGCAGCGCCUCAUAGGCUUCGGUGUCUGCCUCGGCCUAGGGUUCCUCUUCUCCAUCUUCGCGUGGAUCUCCAUCUUCUCGCUGGACUUCAACACAUUUGCGGUUAUUAACACGGUGGCAAACCUCACUUCUAUUGGAAGCACGCUGUUUCUCUGUGGACCCCUGACGCAGCUCAAGCGGAUGUUUGAUCCCACGCGUUUGCUCGCCACCGUCGUCUACCUCUCGUCGAUGGUGUUAACGUUUAUUGUGGCGCUUGUGCUGCGCAUUCCGUGGCUGACGAUCAUCACGGUGCUUGUGCAGUACGUGGCAAUGCUGUGGUACUGCCUUAGCUACAUCCCCUUUGCGCGUACGGCCGUUUUAAGGCUGGUGGGCCUCGAGUGA